GAGACGGAGCGCCUCUGUCUGCCUCCUCUCCGGUGGCGUUGCCUCCGUGUCGCUGCAGUGCUUUGCUGCGCUCCUUGCCUAUCCGUCUUUCUUUCUUUCUUCUCCUCUUCCACACGCGGCUCAUCUCUUCCUUCUUUCUCACCUGCGUCCCCCCGCAUCUCCUUUCCCCUCUUCCCCGUUUCUUCCCCCCCUCCUCCCUGCGGAUGCCUUUAGCCUCUCGCACCCCACCCGCACGCACUCAGCAUCCCGGCAAAUGGUCCUUCCAUCCACAGCGACUGUGGACGCAGGACGCAGAGAAGAGGCGCACCUUUCCCUUUUUGAUCUGAUCUGAGCACCACUGCGGAUUGACUUGGAAGAGAGGCGGAUCGGGGGACCGUUGGGUAACGAGCAGAAGCUUGAAAGCGCGGCCAAAAAUCUUAUUUGGCAAUGCCGGUGCCAGACCAGCCAGCAGAACAGGAGAAGGGGGCGAUGGUUGCCCCUGUGAUGCCUGCCUCCAACGGCGACAGACCUGAGACGGAGACCACCUCAUCCAUCCUCGCGUCUGUCAAAGAACAGGAGCUUCAGUUUGAACGUCUGACCAGAGAACUUGAAGCUGAACGUCAGAUUGUUGCCACCCAGCUGGAGAGAUGCAAGCUGGGAUCAGACGCAGGCAGCAUGAGCAGCAUCAGCUCCACAGAUGAACAGUUUCGCUGGAAUGCUCAAGCAGAUGGACAAAAGGACAUCGAGGAUGAGUUAACGACUGGUUUAGAGUUGGUCGAUUCUUGCAUUCGCUCUCUACAGGAAUCAGGAAUUCUUGACAGCGGAGAACGACCGGCUCUUCUUUCCCAGAGUUCCUUGCAGCUCAACUCCACCCCGGAGGCUUCGCUCCAGUACUCUGCCAGCUACCAUAGCAACCAGACCCUCGCCCUUAGCGACAGCAUUUCUGCAGCAACUCCUCAGCGCAGCGGGCAGGUUGGAGGAGCCGUGCACAGCUACAACCAGGUGACAUCUAGCCGUGCAGCCCAGCAGCAACAAUCACAAACUGGAGCAGGAUCAGGAAUUUACUACUCCAGCUCUACUUUACCUGCUCAGCGGGUCAGUUCCCCCCUUUCUGGGGGAGGAGGCUCAGGGUCAGGUUCUCCCAGUAAACACCAGCGUUUGGGAUCGGCCUCCGACACGCCAGGUUAUUCCACUACCCAGCGCCUGCCUUCCUCUUCCCCCUCUUCCUCUCCCAGCAAACAGUCUCCUGCUAACCGACUGGCCAAGUCGUACAGUAGUACGGUUGCUGUGACAACAGCAGGAGGUGGGUCACCACUGAGGGUGGCAUCUCCACCAAAUUCUACAGCAACAGGAGGAGGGAACAGUUCAUCAUCGUCCCCUCUUCACCAGAUGAGUUCUGGCAUAGGGAGCUAUGCCACUUUGUCUCCUAAGCGUCUGGCAGCUCACCACGCUUCUGACCAAUACAAGAUCUCACACGAGCUCUACGCUACUGCUACCCUACAGAGGCCUGGCAGUCUGGCAGGCUCUCGUGGCUCCUACAGUAGUCAACACAGUCAAGAAGCUCUUCGGCCCUUAGGGUCCCCCGAGCACCACAUAGAUCCUAUCUAUGAGGAACGUGUCUAUCACAACAAGGGCCCUAUGAGGAGCCUUAGUCAGAGCCAGGGACCAGAUACAGGCCCCUACCGCAACAACACUGCACCCUCUUCCCCUGGUGUCGACUCCACCCCUUUGCAGCGAACAGGAAGUCACGGCACUGGCACAGGUAGCUACAGCCGUGGUGGGACCAACAACUAUGCCACGGUGGGGCCAGGAUACACUUCAAGUGCCGGUGGAGGAGGCGGAGAUGUUUACGGGUCAGACCCUUACGUGGCGGACCCCUACCGCACCCUGCAGUACUGCCCCUCGGUGGUGGAAUCUCCUUACAGCAAGUCCGGGCCGGCCCUACCGCCUGAAGGAAGCCUGCAGCGUUCACCUUCCAUCGACUCUAUUCAGAAAGACCCAAGAGAGUUUGGGUGGAGAGAUCCGGAGCUGCCAGAGGUGAUCCAGAUGUUACAACACCAGUUCCCAUCGGUGCAGUCCAAUGCUGCAGCUUACCUGCAGCAUCUGUGCUUCGGAGACAACAAGAUUAAAGCUGAGAUCCGUAGGCAGGGAGGCAUCCAGCUGUUGGUUGAUCUGCUGGAUCACAGGAUGAGUGAAGUUCACCGGAGCGCCUGUGGAGCAUUAAGGAAUCUGGUAUAUGGCAAAGCCAAUGAUGAGAACAAAGUGACCCUGAAGAACUGUGGGGGGAUUCCUGCUUUGGUCCGUCUGCUUAGGAAGACUGGGGAUGUGGAAAUCAGAGAGCUUGUAACAGGUGUGCUGUGGAACCUGUCGUCAUGUGACGCCCUGAAGAUGCCGAUUAUCCAAGAUGCACUUGCAGUUCUGACCAACAGCGUCAUCAUACCGCACUCCAACUGGGACUCAUCUCCUGGUCACCUUGAUGACCGCAAACUCCACCUUCAUACUUCCCAGGUGCUACGCAAUGCUACAGGCUGUCUCAGAAAUGUAAGCUCAGCAGGUGAGGAAGCACGACGGAGAAUGAGAGAGUGUGACGGCCUUACAGAUGCUCUGCUCUACGUUAUUCAGAUCUCCUUGGGGAGCAGUGAGAUCGACAGCAAGACUGUAGAGAACUGUGUUUGUAUUCUGAGGAAUCUGUCAUACAGACUGGCUGCUGAGACAUCCCACGGCCAGCAAGGUGGUCUCGAAGAGCUGGAUGGGCUGCUUUGUGAUGCAAAUGGAUGUGAAGGGGAGAGCUCCGGUUGCUGGGGGAAGAAGAAGAAGAAAAAGAAGGGAGCUGAGCAGUGGGAUGGUGUGAGUCCCUUUCCCGACACAGCCGAGCCUCCCAAAGGGGUUCAGAUGUUGUGGCACCCCACCAUUGUCAAGCCAUACCUCACUCUGCUUUCUGAAUGCUCAAAUCCCGACACGCUCGAAGGCGCCGCUGGAGCCCUACAGAACCUUGCUGCAGGCAGCUGGAAGUGGUCAGUGUACAUUCGGGCCGCUGUCCGUAAGGAGAAAGGCCUUCCCAUUCUGGUGGAACUACUGAGGAUAGACAACGACAAAGUAGUAUGUGCUGUCGCCACAGCUCUCCGAAAUAUGGCCCUGGACAUCCGGAACAAGGAGCUUAUAGGAAAAUAUGCCAUGAGAGAUUUGAUCCAUCGGCUACCGGGCAGUAGUUGCAGCAGCAACAAUAACACCACCAGCAUUGGAACGUCGGGCAAUACAGGCACUCCCAGCAAGGCCAUGUCAGACGAUACGGUAACUGCCAUAUGCUGCGCACUACAUGAAGUGAUAACCAAGAAUAUGGAGAACGCAAAAGCUCUACGUGAUUCUGGCGGGAUUGAAAAGCUCAUCGGCAUUGCCCGCAGCAAAGGAGACAAACACUCAGCAAAAGUGGUGAAAGCAGCCUCUCAAGUCCUCAGCAGUAUGUGGCAGUACAGAGACCUGCGCUCCCUCUACAAAAAGGACGGUUACUCCCAGCAUCAUUUUGUGGGUUCUGCAUCAACAAUAGAGAGAGACAGACAGAGGCCCUACUCUUCUUCACGAACUCCCUCCAUUUCUCCCGUCAGGACAUCCCCAAAUAAUCGCUCCGCAAGCGCUCCUGCCUCCCCCAGAGAGAUGACGAGUCUGAAGGAACGCAAGAUAGACUAUGAUUCCACGGCAACCAACGCUGGUUUCCAUAGCAACAAAGGAGAGCAUACAUCCCGGAAAGACGGCAUGGCAGUUCAAGUCUCCUGCGGGUCAUCUACUUUGUUCCGAAACUCUUACCUGACUGCCAGCGAUGAAAUCAAGCAAAACCAGAGUCCAGCCCCGCCCUGCGUUGUGCCCCCUCUGCCCCAGCAGGACAGCCCGUCAGCAACCAUGCUAAAAGACUACGACCUCUACCCCCCUCCUCCCUCAUUCCCCCAGCCGCAGCCACCACAGCCUCCACCUCACAGCCAGAGUCGGAGCUUCGACGAGACCUACUACGACGAUCCAGGACCGCCGCCUGCACCGCCACAGCUGCAGCUGCAGGCCCAGCCUCAGGCCCAACCCCAGCCGCCUCCAAACGCCACCGGACCACCGCGAGACCCCCGGGAGGACCUUCGAAUGCACCUGGGCCUCAAGUCGACUGGCAACUACGUAGACUUCUACUCAGCCUCACGGCCAUACAGCGAACUGAACUACGAGACAAGCCACUACCCGGCUUCACCUGAUUCCUGGGUGUAGUUUGACGAUGGGAGGGAGGGAGCAAGAGAAGGUCUGUGUUUGCUUGUGUGACAGGGAUUAUUUUUUGCAGGAGAUUAUUAGCAGACUAAAACAAGGUUAAUCUAAGUGGCAGUUUGGAAAAAAGAAAAAAAAAAAGACCUUAAAAUAUGAUAGGAAAUUUGUGUUUUUAAAAAAUAGCUGUGAAUGAGUUCGAUGGAGCAAGAAGGGAAAUCAAGCAGAGUGACAAAGAGAAACUGUGCAUGUGCAUGCCAACAUUUUUUUAUUAUUAUUAUUUUUUUCUAGACCACCUUACCUUUUUUAAAGUUAGCUCCAUUUCAUCUCAAAUUGGAGUAAGUGGGAGUUGAUAUGAAGAAGUGCAGCUUGUAUAAGAAGUGGGGAAAAAUGUGGGAGUGUAUGUAAAUGCCUUGAGUGGAGGGAUCAAGAAAUAAUAGGGUGCUGAUGAGGAAAGGCUCUCACUCUGUGGAAGCAGGAAGUGUUCUGACCUUCUAUUGCCGUCAGAGAUGGAGAGAGAUGAGAGACCGAGAUGGCAUGAGCGUUUUCAAGGAGGUGAGGAAAAAUAAAAGCACAGAAAAAGAUGGAAGCACACCAGCCUCAAGGGAAGAAGUGGAUGUUUACCAUUUCACCAAAGUGACAAACGUAGCACUGCUUUUAUUCAAUACUUUUUUUUUUUUUGUGUUGCCAAGACCUUGCUGCGUGUAGAGUCUUUGAAAUUUGUUUUCAAAGAAUGUCAUUUCGAAGAGACUGUAGGUCUUUGUUUUUCUAUUUUAUUUUACAUUUGUUGUUUUUCUUUCUACUUUUUUAUAUUUACACAUUCUUAUUUCCUGCAUAUGCCUAAAAAUGGGAUUUAAUGUGUAUAUUACACGUUUUGGAUGGACUGCUCAUAAAAAUCCAGAUUUUUAUUUUCCGACUGAAACAACAAGCGAAUUUUAAAAAAAAAAGCGAAACAUGAACACGGCAAUCAGGAAAGACGGGCUAGCUGUGAGUGGACAAAUGUUGUUGUUUUUUUUUAUUAUUAUUCCCUCAUUUUAUCCCGGGCCUGAGAGGAAUCCCUGCCAUGUUUGUGAUUUGCUCACUCCAUCAAUUGCAAUUUCUCAAGGGGACAUAAUCAAACAUCAAGAGCAUCUCAAAGGCUGCGAGAGCAUGGAACUGGCAGAGCAGCGGCACUCGGAGUCCUAAUCAAGAAAAGUGCUUUUUUUGUUCACUGCCAAAAGAGUAUAUAGAUGUAUGUUUAAAGCACACUCUUAUGUCUGUGGAAAGGACUGCUGUUUGACUUUGGGUGGGGGGGUAAUACUUUCGACAGUGUUAACAUUCAGUAAUUCCUUUUGCAUCAAAACUCGUCCGUUUGGCCAAAUCCACCUGUUCAUGUCGGUGUACAGUAGAAGUAAAGAAAAGGAGACACAUCACAUUGUGCCAAACUUUGACAGAUCAAGGUCCUAGAAGACUUCACGGGGAGUUUUGUCAAGGUUUACAGACAUUAACUCGAUGGCUGUCUCUUUUGUUUGUAACUUUGAUUUUCUUGUGCUUUAAUCAGGUGAAGCCGUACUUAUUGCUGGGGGAUUGUGGGCACCUUCUCCCUCCCGUAGUUGUACAGAUCUGCCUCUCCGUUCCGGCCGAGCAUGUGUGGGCGUGCGUUUGGGACACGUGUGUGUUUACGUAUACGUGCAUGUGUGUGACAAGAAUGCGUGGCCCCCCGUGAGUGUGCUCAUGUAAACAUGAGCGAGUGUAUCUAUGCAUGCAUGUGUGUAGUAGUGUGCGUAUGCCUCCGUUUGGGGGGGUGUAUGUGUGUGAGCGUUCCUGUGAAAAAAGAUCAAUGUCCAAACAAGGCAUUCCUACUGACAGUUUGUCCAGUUUUACAGCAUAAAAAUAAAGGUAAAAAAAAUUUAAAAAAUCACUAGAAAGAUUGUUGAGACAGAAGACAAAUCUAUAAAUACAUGAACAUAAAUAUAAAUAUAUAAUUAUAUAGAUAUAUAAUUUUUAUGUGCUGAUGUCGAUGUCACUAAUUGCAACAAAUGUUCGCCGAAAACAAAAAAAAAUAUGUUGUGUAAAACAGGACUCUUGUUCACUUGAUCCAAACCGUAAAAAUGCUGAUACGCCCCCCCACACCCACACCCCUCCACUGUACACACACACACACCCCCACACACACAUGCACACGCCCUCCUACAGUCUAAUCAAGACAAAACAGAAGUUCCACCUGAAGAUGCUCUGGCUCGAGUUGUGUGUUAUCGUGUGUCCAUGCUUCUUAGAUGAUCCUGCUGAGUGAGGACUGUACUUGAAACAGAAGGGGAAAAAAUAAAUAAAAGACUCUUUUCAAAAAC